AUGACUUCCAAACGCGGUGAUGUUAUAUUUCUAUUGCUUUUAUUCUUGGCUAUAUUCAAAAAUAUAUUUGGGCAGAACUGGGCCUUUGGAAUCGAUAAAAUCGCAACAUCACAAGAUUACCUACGAGAUUCACUUUCAAAUUUUACUGAAUUUGCGAGAAAUUAUGGAUACGCAGCUGAAGAACAUACUGUAAUAACAGAAGAUGGGUACAUCCUGUCGGUGUUCCGGAUACCGAAGGGUAAAAACUGUAGAGGAAGAGUAAGGCAACCCCCGGUGUUGCUUAUGCACGGACUGCUAAUGAGUUCAGAUUCUUGGUUAGACGCCGGUCCAUCAGCAGGACUCGCGUUUCUUAUAUCAGACGCAUGUUAUGAUCUGUGGGUUGGAAAUGUGCGUGGUACGUAUUAUGGAAGGAGAAACCUUCGUCUCAAUCCAGAUACACACUCACAAUUUUGGAAUUUUACCUCGCACGAUAUGGGAACAUUAGACGUUCCAGCUAUUAUUAACUACAUGCUAAACGAGACGGGAUCUUCGGAGUUAAUCUACGUUGGAUACUCACAGGGUGCUCGGAUAUUUUUCAUCAUGUGCUCAGAAACAUUUGGAUACUGCGAGAAAAUAAUAGUUUCCAUUAAUCUAGCUCCAGCGGCAAGAGUAAAAUACUCGAGAUCUGUGCCUGUACAGUUGCUGACUCGGUUUUAUGCGGUAACAGUACCAUUUUUAAGUGGUCCUCGUGAGUUGGAAGUUUUACAAAAAGGUGGACUGAUCCAAAAAGCGUCUUCAUUCUUUUGCAAAGAUAGUAUUUUGGCAGGAACUGUGUGUAGAGCAGCGUUGGCUUUAAUCGAUUCUUAUGAUCCGGGUUCAAUUUCAACUGAAACGAUAGGAGUGUUGUUUGGACAUUUCCCUGCUGGAACGUCAGCUCGAAAUUUAGCUUUCUUUGGUCAAAACGCUAUAGUAGGCAGAUUUCAGAAAUACGACUAUGGUUCAAGUAAAAAUUUAGAACUAUAUGGGACCGUUCAACCGCCUCUUUAUAACCUCAAUCGUACUAAUAUGCCUGUUGUAUUAAUGUAUAGUGAAAACGAUUUAUUGGUUGAUUCGAAGGAUGUUCAAUGGCUUUCGGCUCAACUGCCAAAUUUGAUAGAGUCUUAUAAAGUAAGACGCCCAACGUGGACCCACUUUGACAACUGCUACAGUCAAUACACAAAGAUAACGAUUUUUCCUAAAAUCCGUGAGUAUUUACAGAAAUAUAGUAAAUAUGGGUCUGUAUAA